AUGACCAGUAGUCACUUCCUCAUUGCUGCCAUAGCAGUUUCCACCUGGGGUCGUCUCCGCCUCCAAAUUGGUCACCAACCCUCAAAUCCCACCAGCAUCCACAGCUACAUGCGUCAGCUCAUAGCCAUGGUCUCCUUCUUCCCUAUGACCCCUGCUUCCCUGGCCUCUGCGCCUGCACUACUUGGGUCCUCUCUACUGACACCAUGGGCUGCUGUGGUUGUGGUGGUUGUGGUGGCUGCGGUGGCUGCGGUGGUGGCUGUGGUGGUGGCUGUGGUGGCUGCGGUGGUGGCUGUGGUUGUGGUGGCUGCAGUGGUGGCUGCGGCGGUGGCUGCGGUGGUGGCUGUGGCGGCUGUGACAGCUGCACCACGUGCAGGUGCUACCGGGUGGGCUGCUGCUCCGGCUGCUGCCCCUGCUGCUCCGGCUGCUGUGGGGGCUGCUGCAGCACCCCCGUGGUCUGCUGCCACCGCCGCACCUGCCGCUGCCACUCGUGUGACUGCGGCUGCGGGAAGGGCUGCUGUCAGCAGAGAUGCUGCCAGCAGAAGUGCUGCUGCAGGAAGCAGUGCUGCCACUAGGGGGCCGGUCCAGCAUCAGGUAGAGUUGGCUGGAAUGGGUUUGUUGGUAAGACUUUCCUCCAACCCUCCUCACCCCUUUCCCUGACCUGGAAGUCACUGGGGUGGACUCAAGGUCUGCACCUGGAUGUCAUCCCCUCUUGCAUCAUAAAUUGUUAAUUUCAGAAGACCCUGCUAUGGACGUGAGCAACGAGAACUGUGAAAAGACAGCCCAGCUGCUGGAGGCAAUUCACACA